CACGGGGAGACAAUUUCUUCUGCGGCUCGUUUCCUUUCGUUUCGUUUCCAAGCCGCCCAGAUCUCGCUUCUAGAACCUUCCACUCCAGGGCGGAGGCGGGAUGCCUCCUCAGGAGCCCGCUCCCGCGGCGAACGGCGCCGCCCCUGCCCCCGCCCCCGCCGCCGCGGCGGCUGCGGCGGGAGGCAAGCGCCGGAAGCGGGGUCGGUGGGCGGCGGCCGCGGGGGUGGGGGCGCUGCUCGUGGCGCUCCUCGCCGUCGCCGUCAGCUCGCGCAGCUUCCCGGCGGCCUCCUCGUCCUCGCGUGGCGGAGACUGCGGCUGCCCCGGGACGAGGAAGUACACGGGGAUGGUGGAGGAUUGCUGCUGCGACUACGAGACGGUGGACGCCAUCAACGAGGAGGUGCUGCACCCGAUCCUGCAGGAGCUCGUCACUUUGCCCUUCUUCAGGUACUUCAAGGUUAAAUUGUGGUGUGACUGCCCUUUCUGGCCUGAUGAUGGAAUGUGUCGGCUUAGGGAUUGUAGUGUCUGUGAGUGCCCAGAGAAUGAGUUUCCUGAGCCAUUCAAGAAGCCUUACAGUGGCCUUUCUCCAGAUAGUAUGAUCUGUCAGGAAGGAAAACCACAGGCUACUGUUGAUAGAACCCUUGAUGCCAAGGUUUUCAAAGGAUGGAUUGAAACCGACAAUCCAUGGACAUAUGACGAUGAGACUGAUAAUGCUGAGAUGACUUAUGUGAAUCUUCAACUCAACCCUGAACGUUACACUGGCUAUACUGGUGAUUCUGCUCGCAGAAUAUGGGACUCUGUCUACAAAGAAAACUGUCCAAAAUAUCCGUCUGAAGAAAUGUGUCAGGAGAAGAAGGCACUGUACAAGCUAAUUUCAGGGUUGCACUCCUCAAUUUCAGUACACAUUGCUUAUGAUUAUCUUCUAGAUGAAUCUGCCAACUUGUGGGGACAUAAUCUUCCUUUGCUGUAUGACCGUGUUCUGAAGUACCCCGAGCGUGUACAAAAUUUGUACUUCACUUACCUGUUUGUUCUUCGGGCUGUGACAAAGGCAGCAGAUUACCUUGAGCAGGCUGAGUACAACACCGGCAAUCCUGAAGAGGACUUGAAAACACAGUCUUUAGUGAAGCAAUUGCUUUACAACCCCAAAUUAAGAUCAGCGUGCCCGUUACCAUUUGAUGAAGCAAAACUCUGGCAAGGUGAAAAUGGCCCUGAGCUAAAGCAGGAGAUUCAGAAGCAAUUUAGAAAUAUCAGUGCAAUUAUGGAUUGUGUUGGAUGUGAGAAGUGUCGAUUAUGGGGAAAGCUCCAAGUUCUUGGUCUCGGUACUGCAUUGAAGAUUCUUUUCUCUGUUGAUGGAGAGAACCAUUUGAAUCAAUCACUCCAGCUGCAGCGAAAUGAGGUCAUUGCACUAGUAAACCUUCUGAAUAGGCUGUCAGAAUCUGUCAACUUUGUACAUGAAAAAGGACCAUCAAUUGAGGAUGUCAUUAAACAACAGAGCUCUUCUACUGUGAAACCGGUGUUUCCUAUCUGAAUCGUGAAAUAGCGUUAAACUGAGAUGUAUUUACAACUUUGAUCCAUACUAGAACAAUGAUGUAGGUGCUGGGGUGAAGCUUACUAGAGAAUUUUGCAGAUCCUAGACAGAAGAUAUACAGAACUUUGAGAUCCAAACAAUUGCAAUUUUCGAUGUAAAUCGUGGUAUUUGGCAAUGGGACCUCUUUUGUAAGGGAUCACUGCCCAUUUUGCAAUGUUGCAUGAUCAAAGAGAUGAUGUCCUAACAUGCCCAUAGACUUCUUCAUGUGUAAACUGUGAAUCUGUGAUCAUAUUGCUAACAAGCAAAAGCUUUUUGCCAAUCUAA